GAGCCCCGCCCUUUAGCCUCUGCUGGCUUUAUAUGCUUGGUUGGCAGUGUUUGCAUGCAUUCCUUGGCUUUAAUCUAAAAAUGGACUGUCGGAAGAUUGCUUGCUGGGAGUUUCACUUCUCGCGAGUUUGUCUGUCUCACCAUAACUGGAAAGCAUUUGCUUAUACUCCAUGGUUACCAGAAAGAUUUUACUUUCAGCUAAUCUAUGUUGUUUACAAGUGGCUCGUAACUCUUUUCCACGUCAUCUAUGCUUUGCUCACCAUUGAAUCUGCGCAAGAGUUCAUCUUUGUCUACCUGACCAAUAUUGGUUACAUUUUGUUCACUUUCUAUCUGCUUUGGAGCACCAUCUCUGUCACAUCUCGUUUCAUUUGGUACUUGUCUCCAUGCUGUAAGAAGGAACAGCCUACGACAUUCAUUGAUCUUCCCUCAAAGCCUGCUGGAUGCUGUGGAUGGGUUCACAAUACCCUCAAGUGGUAUGACUACAUACAAUGGCUGCUGUUCACAAUAUCAAUUGACAUUGCCUUCUCUAUUGUGGUAUUAUACUGGGCUUUGAUUUACAGGUCGGAUUACCCAGUAAGGCAUUGGGAUAUCUCGCUACACUUGCUCAAUGGCGUCUUUGCUUUCUUUGAAGUGUGGAUCACUAGGACACCAGUACGACUUUAUCAUUUCAUUUAUAUCAUGAUGGUUGGUAUAGCUUAUGUCUCAUUCACUGGGAUCUACUAUGCUGCUGGUGGACGAGGUGCACGGAAUACUUCUUACAUUUAUCCUGUGAUUGACUAUGAAAAUGAACCUGCCACUGCAGCUGUGGUUUCGUGCAUGGUGGCUUUUGUCUUUUUACCUCUUGUUCAGUUGUUCUUUUACAUAAACUACCUUCUAAGAGAAGGUAUAUUAUAUGGCCUUGUCAAAAAAGGAUUAUGCAAGUGGCUAAAGAAGACAUAUGAGCAAGAUAGUGCAGUUUUUAAGCGUAGAGUUGUCUAACUGGAAUCUACUACUCUAUUGAUGCUAUCAUAUCUCUAUAGUGUCAACAAUGGAAUCUUCGAUGCACAUUUUUAUAGUAAUUAUAGAUCUAUAUCACUUUUAUAUAAACAGUAUAGUCUAGUACAAUUGUCUUAGGCCUUCCUACACAUAAAUUUUUUACAUUGUCUCUUAUAACUAAUUCAGC